AUGGCAGCUACUAGAUCAUCCAGAACUCCGAAAACACGCAAGAACUCAAAGAAGACCGGAUCAACUGCAACACUCACAGUUGCAAACCAAAACAAGAGCAAGAAAAAACCAAACCCUUCUGCAAGGAAGCAUGCCUCGCGUACUCGGAACAAUGGAAACUCCGACUCCGAUAGAACCUCCGAUUCCGAUAGACGCGACUCUGAUGAUGCAAGAGAGGAAGAGGAUCCAAGACCUGAAGGCCAGAAUUCUCCCUCCGAUUCUCCCUCCGACUUUGUUGGCUUGACUGUUGCCAACUUUGAAAGCCAGUUGCCAAAAUGGUCCAUAUAUCAACUCCGUCAAGCCCUUCACAAAAGCAAGGACCCUCCAGCCAACCGUAUUCCACCUGAGGUGCAAGAUGCUUUAACUUUACUCCAGCAAAAUUACAUCAAAAGCAAGCUUAUGCUUGCUGCAAUCGGAAAUGUUAGUGAAGAAACAGUCAACAAAUCACUUGGCGAGAAUAAACCUAGCCGACGGAAAUGUGCCUGGAAUCGAUUUUUGGCUUUUAGCUUGGAGAGUGCAAACACCCCUGUCCCACCCAAAGGUGUCUCUAUUGGUUGGGAAGAAAGGAACCAGCACCUUGGCGAAGUAUGGUCUUCUCUGACUGAGGAUGAAAAGGAUGUGUUCAGUCCAAAAGUCUUCCAAUACUUUUCGAAGAUACCAUGCAGAUUUGGAGAAGAGGAGGAUGACGAUGAAGAUGAGGCCGAACCAGACCUAACUUCUGAGGAGAUCGAACUGUACCAACCUCUCUAUACCAAGCUUUUCAAUCAAGAAAAAGUCGAUAUGAUCAUCUCAAAAGGCGAAAAUGUUGGUAUUGCCAAGGGAACAGCAUUUAAACUGGCAGAGAGGAGUAUGCAGAGAUUAAACAGCGAGCUUUUCACCAUGUCCAACUCGUACAACACCACCUAUUAUCUGCUCACUGCUACACGUGCUCCAGGAAAGAACAGCUUCUGUAAGGAGUGGUCAAACGAUGCUGCUUGGCUCACUCUUGCAGAGAAAAAUUGGAGGGCCAAGGAGAAAUUCGAGGCAUACAGCCAUGGACGAGAGAUUCAAGAAUCGGUAGAAGAUGCCAAUGGUGUGUGUAUGAAGAAAAAGAGGCCUGCCGAUACAAUGAAGAUAAAACUUAGAGCAGCCCUUAACGAAACACUUGCAAAAGCACUUGGGGUUUCAGCCUGUAAAUUUCCCAAAGGAAAGAAUCCAGCAGCUUCCCUACGCGAAAAAAACCGAAACCUGAAGAUGGUUCUGUCCGAAUUCGCUGAAAUGACCGAAGAGAAAUUAAUGACUGGAUUUGAUAGGUUGCAGUUUGAAGAUAGGAAAAAGUGGUAUGCAGACAUUCAAAGCGGUGCUUUCAAGGUUAUCCUUAGCCAAGAUUAG